AUGACCAUCAAACCAGGUACUUAUGGAAACCAGGACAUCAACAAUAAAAAAUCUUCUGAUGAUGUCAAUGCUGUUGAAGCUCUCUUAGAUCUGAUAAGAAAUUGUUUCCCGGACAAUUUGAUCUCAGCAACUUUUUCCAAGAAAACCACAAAAAAGAAAUUUAUAAAGGUAGAAAAAGAAAACAAUUCUUUGCUUACCACUGAAAACAAUAUGGACAAUAUCACAACAAAAGAAUACACACUUUCAGUAGUGGAUUCUCCUGGAAUAAACAUGCUUGGAAUUGUUGUUGUUUCCAUCUUCUUUGGAGUUGUUAUUUCUCGUCUUCAAAAGAAAGCAAAACCGAUGUUAGAUUUUUUCAGUUCACUUUAUGAAGUUUCUAUGAUGCUUGUCAAUCUAGUCAUAUGGUAUUCUCCAGUUGGUAUAUUCUUUUUGAUAGCCACUCAGGUAAUCAAGAUGAAGGAUCCAGAAUUAGUCAUUCAAAGACUAGGACUUUACUGCCUGACUGUUAUUGUUGGUUUGAUAGGCCAUGGAUUCAUUGUACUUCCACUUUUGUAUUUUGCUAUUGUAAGGAAGAAUCCGUUUGUAUAUAUGUACAAUAUGACUAAAGCGGUAAUCACAGCAUUAGCCACAAGUUCCAGCUCAGCAACACUUCCAGUGACAAUUGAAUGUCUUGAAGUGAGGAAUAAAGUUGACCCAAGAAUAACUAAAUUUGUGGUUCCAAUUGGAGCAACAGUUAACAUGGAUGGUACUGCCUUGUAUGAAGCUGUAGCAUCAAUCUUCAUUGCUCAGGUCAAUGGUAUGCACAUGGAUAUUGGUAAAGUCAUCACUGUUAGUAUCACUUCCACUGCUGCAGCAGUAGGGGCUGCUGGGAUACCUCAAGCGGGUCUUGUAACAAUGUUGAUUGUGCUGACAGCAGUUGGAUUACCAACGAGUGAUAUUGCUUUGAUUUUAGCAGUUGAUUGGUUUUUAGAUCGAUGUCGUACUAGCAUUAACGUACUAGGAGAUUCUUACGGUGCAGGAAUAAUUGCCAAGCUUUCACAGAAUGAUCUUGAAGCACUUGAUAAUCCAGAGCAAAAUGGUAAAGCUGCUUGUGUCAAUGAAAUAAUGAUCACAGAUUCUGAAGAUGAAGCAGACACAAAUUUAUAA